CCCUGACCUGCUGAACAGAAACUCUGGGAAUAGGGCCAAGCAAUCUGUUUUAAAGGUUCACUAGAUGAUUCUGUCACAUGCUAAAAUUUGAGAGCUACCAACUUAAACCAUUCACAUAUUCCACCAUGAUCUUCCAUUGCUCAGGAAAGUUGGUGAUCUCAAGAAUACUUUGUCUACCCCAGCCUUGCAGCUCGCUGCGCCAGGCACAUGCUCUCCUGUGCUCCCCAUAGCCAUGCCUCACAAAACUGACGAAAUCAAGGACCUUCUGCUCAAAGCCAGAAGAAGCGGUGCCAACACUGUCAAGGUCAAGAAAAAUAAGGAUAAUGUGAAGUCUAAAGUUCGAUGCAACAGAUACUUUGAUAUCUUGGUCAUCACAGCCAAAGAAAGGGCAGUGAAACUGAAGCAGCCUCUGCCCCCCAGGUUGGCAAUAAAGGAGCUAAAAUGA